AAGACAAGUUAUGUCAACAACUACAUUGAUUAAUUUGGUACGGAAUGGAGGAUAUCAAGUAAGGAGAGCUGUGCUGACAUCCCGCCUCUUGCAAGACGAGAAGCGUCCAACAACUGCCUGCUACAGCUCCACCUCUGAGCGUCGUGCUUCCCGCUUCGAUACAGAUGGGAGUGGGCGACCUACCACAUGGGAUACCUUUGGCAUCUGGGACAAUCGCAUUGAUGAACCUAUUCUCCUCCCACCAAGCAUAAAGUAUGGGAAGCCAAUUCCAAAAGUAAGCCUGGCCAAUGUGGCCUGCAGUAGCCAUAUUGGGAAACGCAAGGAAAAUGAAGACCGGUUUCAUUAUGCUGAGCUGACAAAGGAUGUCCUGUACUUUGCAGUAUAUGAUGGACAUGGUGGGGCAGCAGCAGCUGAUUUCUGUGAUAAAUACAUGGAAAAAUAUAUUAAAGAAUUUCUUGCUGAGGAGGAGAACUUGGAAAAUGUUCUUAACAAAGCUUUUCUAGAAAUAAAUAAAGCAUAUGAAAGGCAUGCUCAUCUGUCUCCUGAUGCAUCUCUGAUGAACUCUGGGACCACUGCAACAGUGGCUCUGCUCCGUGAUGGUAUUGAGCUCGUUGUGGCAAGUGUGGGAGACAGUCGUGCUUUGCUGUGUCGAAAGGGGAAGGCGAUGAAACUCACCACUGAUCAUACUCCAGAAAGAAAAGAAGAAAAGGAAAGGAUUAGGAAGUGCGGUGGCUUCAUUACCUGGAACAGUGUGGGACAACCUCAUGUGAAUGGUAGACUUGCAAUGACACGGAGCAUAGGAGAUUUGGAUCUUAAAAACAGUGGUGUGAUAGCCCAGCCAGAAACAAAAAGGGUUCAGUUACAGCAUGCUGAUGACAGCUUCCUGGUCCUCACUACAGAUGGUAUUAACUUCAUGGUGAACAGUCAGGAGAUCUGUGACUUUAUUAGCCAGUGCCAUGAUCCCACUGAAGCUGCCCACGUUGUCACUGAGCAGGCAAUACAGUUUGGCACUGAAGACAACAGCACAGUUGUCAUAGUGCCAUUUGGAGCAUGGGGGAAGUACAAAAACGGUGAGAUCAACUUCUCCUUCAGCCGCAGUUUUGCUUCCAGUGGGAGGUGGGCAUGAAGACCUGCCACAGCUAUCUUUUCCUGCCAUAAUCUGGGCACAGUGUGCUACAGGAGAAAACACCCAUCUGUUCAUAGGUUGACUCAGUGUCUUGUCCAUCUCUUUUGCUUCCAGUGUUAUAGAAGAUCCUUCUGUUUUGUUGGUGCGUAAUGACCCAUUGUUGCUUAUGGCUGAUCACAUUUUGCUGCAGUUAUUUAUUCCAGUUGGCACUGAGGCAGCUAUUUCUUUGGGUCUGUAGUCCCAGUAGCUCUGCACAUCACUUUGUUCGCAUAGAUGGGGCUCUGGGCUUUCACCUAAGGCUGGAGGUGCACAAUUGUUUCAUACCUACUUGUACUACCCAGGACCCUUCGUUAUCAUGUAGCUGUGUAUGCCUGAGUCUGACCCACAUGCUGGCUUCUUUGUACAUUAAUACUUGGGGGAACAAAUGCACAGUGUUCUUAGAUAGACAAAAAUCAGGUUUGUUGUCUUCCUCUGUUGUGCAGCCACUCAAAACUCCCCUGUGCUUCAGAAGUGGGUGAAAAACAAGGGAGAGGUUUUUAGGUUCUGAUGCCAGUGGCAUUUGGUGUAGCUGAACUUUCUGAGUGCUGCUUUGCAGGGCUUUGCUACUCUCUUCAUCAUCAUCAUCAUCAUCCGUGCUCCAAGGAGACGGAGCAGGCUGGAGUCACAUGCUGUUGCACAGAUGGGAACAUUUCUUCAUUGGGUCCAAAGCCUGUAUGGUCUCUGUGGACUACACAGCAGCCCCUUGCACUGUCUUCUCUUUGGUGUGCCAGCGCUUGACAGGAGCACAGAGGAGGGAAUAGGCUGCACGUUUUUGAUAGCCAGAGUUUCUCAUCAACUUGAACUUUUAUCUUUUUUUUUCCCCUCAAGAAAGCCAACUAAUUUCAAAGUACUUAGUAAUCAUGGUUCUUUGGAUGCACAAGAAGAGAUUAUUUCAUAAAUAUAUAAGGAUUUCUUGCCCUCCACUGAAGGUUAUUUCUGUUAGUCGUGAUCUCCUGUGUCUCUUCAUGGUAUACAGGAGGCUGUAAAAUGCGCAAAGCAAGUAAGCUAGAGAAAGGAGAGUAUUAUAACAACAUAUGGUAGUUUUUCUAAGUUUUGGGUAUUGUUAAUAGUAUGUCUCAGAUAUUCAAAGACUAGAAAGUAGUUUUAAACUUAAAGGAAGUGUUUCUACUUCCCUCUCUGGAGGGAGCCUGCGUCCAUGGCAGGGGCAUCACUCUGAGCCAGCUUGUAUCGCUGCUGUGACACAGACUGCAGGUGAUGUGUUGGUAGCAGGUGAAGAUCUGCUUCAGUGUGCCUCGUUCAGAUCUCCUUCCUCUGCUCCACAUCAGGCAUGCAGCUCCUCUGGCCUUUGAGUCACCCUGUUGCAAUGCAAUAUGGGCUCUUCUCAGGCUUGUCACGGUAUUUUUCAUUCUAUCUAUGGAUGUUUCCAACAGCACAGUUGUAAAAACCAACAAAACAAAAAAGUGAAAGAGAAGUGGCCUGAUAGAAAUAACCUUGCAGUAAGGAAAAAUAUUUGAGAGGCCUGGCCUGAUUCUUGUUUUCCAGUGUGAAGUAAGUGUCUUCAUUACUUUCAGCUCUUUUAUUUUAGCCCAAGAUACAGCCUAGGCAGUCAUUCCAUGUGUUUUCCCUUGCCUCUGGCAGAAGGCCCAGGAGCACCCAGCACAGCAGUGUUGUACUUACAGUAGUAAGUACCAGUGUUUAGAGAGGACGCUGGUUUUGUCCCAUCACUUGGUGUAUACAAUGUGUGUGUUUGGUUUAUAAGUACAAAGAACUUGUGAGCUGGUAUAUGUAAAUCUCUGUUGCAUUGGAUGCUGUUGCCUAGGCCUCUGUAGCAAGAACAUUGCUGUUUAUAAUAAUCAUAGAAUCACAGAAUAAUUAGGGUUGGAAAGGACCUUAAGAUCAUCUAGUUCCAACCCACCUGCCAUGGGCAGGGACACUUCACACUAAAUUAUGUCACCCAAGGCUCUGUCCAACCUGGCCUUGAACACCUUUCUCCACAGAUUUUUCCCCAGGGCUGGGGUUAGUUGAAGAUGUCCCUGCUCAUUGCAGGAGAGUCGGACUAGAUGACCUUUGAAGGUCCCUUCCAGCCCAAACCAUUCUGUGAUUCACCUGAGAUCAGAAUGUUUGCUGGGUACAGUGCUGGGCUCAGCCUUGCUUACUUGAGGCAGAGGGGCACUUUCAGUUGUUACCAGCCAAAGCAGGUUCAUCUUGGUCUGCGGAAAGCCUGCCACAACCCUUUUGUGGCAAAAAUUGCAAAACAUAUCUGAAAAGCCUUUCUCCUGCCAAAGAUGUGACCUGCUAAAACAGUGGGUCCAACAGUUUGUAGCAAAGGGUUAACCACAGCCCAAAGCAAUUUUACUCCAGGAACAGAGAAGGGUUGGAGUCAAACUCUGGAGAUGGAGUUUCUGUGGGAGUGGCUUUGGUGUCAAGCGUUAAACAGGGUUGAGUGGUGCUGCAGGGAUUUUGGACAAGCUCCAUGGACACUGUCCUAUUCCAAAUGCUGUUCAUUUCUGUUCCCUAGAUAGC